GUUUACCUCCUGCCUAGAGGGGAACCAAAACCUGAGGCUCCCUCCUCACACCGGGUACCGUUUUCCGCGGUCCUGGCGGUUCGCGGCUUUAGCCGCGACUACCGCCGCACCCGCAUGCGCACAUCACGAGUGCGCAUCGCGGUGGCCAUAUUAAGGUUGGCAGUUUUGCCGCGCUUUUUCUAGCGAGGCCAAUACUGCUCGUUCGGGGGCGGGAUUUUCACAGCUCAGUUGCUGGGCAGGUUACCCGUGCUCCCCAGGAAUUUAUUCCUGACGCAACACUCGGUAAGCUUGAUUUACUUUUACUAUUGUGCUGAUUAGCAGUUUUUUCUGUGCCUACUAGCUGUCAAAUUCCCAUUGUAUCCAUGUUAAUAGGAAUAAAUCAUCCUUGCCCUUCAGUUCCUUGGCCCUCCUUUAAAUAGUUUGCGCCUGUCACUCUUAUUCAGUUAAAUUGUAACAUGCAAUCUGGCAAAGAGUUUGACAUUUGCAGCCCUGCCACUAGUGCCACCAUAAACCCGACGCCCCCAGCAAGGUCAAAAUUACCGACAUUAGCUGCAGUGUCAUUAGAGCAAAUGGACUCUGAAGAGUUGCAUUCCCUCCUAGACGCUGCUAUGGCAAAGUCUGUAACUCAAGCCAUUUAUACUGCUAUGGGGGCAACGUCAGAUAAUAUCACCCACUCAAUUACCUCCUACUGUCACUACUACCGGAGAGUACACUGGUGGCCCCUAGUGGGCGUAAAGCAGCAAAAAAGUCUUGCCACCUGGACGAGGAUGCCUCCAAAAUUAUACAUACGGACAGGGUACGUCAUGUCACAGAACCUGUGGUCGCACCACAACUAAGAGCCCCCCACCGGGCAAAAUCGGUGAGGAAGUGAAAGAGGGCAAAAGACCAGAUUGAAUCCUCCGAAUCUGAAUCGGAGCAAGAGGAGGCACAGAGCGAGUCAGAUGAGGAGGACUCUUAUGAUUCCACCAGUUAUUUUCCAGGGCACGACUCAUUGUCAGUAGCGGGAAUAGACUCCAAAGAUGGAGUUGACAACGCCGCCCUAAUAGACCCUGAUGGCGAGCCACUGUUUGAUCCCAACACUUUACAACACCUGAGAUCCUCGAAGUGGUAUCCCCUAGAACACGUAGCAAAAUAUAUCGCUGCAUGCAUUAGAAAGCCACUUGACAAGGUGGCAUGAAACUAACUCUGGGCAGAAUGCCCAUGCCCCACUAUUCCUGAUAUGGCAUGCGCCACCCCUGACGUAGAUCCUUGGGGAAAUCAGGUUGGAAGGCCAAGAAGGGCCUGGAUUUUGCCUGGCAGAAUUGCCAGGAUAAGGUCCUGGAUGUCCUUGGGCCAAUUGCGAAAAUGUUUGACAUGGUCGAAAUUGCACUAGCAGGUGGUACACCGGUGGAUUUAGAAGCCAUCAGGAGGUGGAUCCAGUGAUCUGUAUGUUUGCUGGUUCAACGCCAAUACUGUGGUGGCCACUGAAAGGCGCAAAGCAAUCCUAAUAAAAAUAGAACCUAAGCUAGUGAACCUAGCUAUUUCAGAGCCUGGACCCCAGGCAAAAGCCCUCCUGUUUGGAGAUAAUUUUGUUAAAGAGCUAGGCACGUAUGUAGGCACCUUUACAGCACUUGAUGAAGCUCAAGCCAGCAUGAAACGAGUGUUUCACCAGAGAGUUUUUGGCGGGGCUGUCAGAUAUCAGGGCCGUCUGCCCGGCCGCUCAUCCCGGGGUUCGUACUGGGCUGUCGUGGCUCCAUUCAGUCCAGGUACAGCACCUGAGCCCAAACCUACCUCACCGUUUCUUCCCAGUUCGGGGCAGACCAUGGCAGUCUCGGGGACCCAGAGGUUCUUCCUAUAGCCGACGACCUUAUGGUAAGUUCAAUGCCACUUAAUCUGGCUUCACUAACUAUGGUGGGAGGCAGACUGUAUCACUUUGUCAAUGCUUGGCGCAUGCUCACUGCAGAUGCCUGGGUCCUUCACACUGUCCAGGGUUACUCUAUAGAUUUUGUACAAUACCCUGUCCAAAUGCAGCCCCCCAAUCGCAUGGUGUUCUCCACUCACGAUCAAUGCCUGAUUUCGCAGGAAAUCCAGGCCUUAGCCUCCAAGGGUGCAAUUUCCGCAAUUCACCCUCUCACACCAGGUUUCCUAAGCAACCUAUUCCUGGUCCCCAAAAAAGGCAGAGGCGCUCGUCCAGUCAUCACCCUUUGUCCCCUAAACAUGUUUGUCACAUACCACCACUUCAACAUGGAAAGUAUACACUCUCUCCGGGACCUCCUACUUACAGGAGACUGGAUGAUCAAACUCGACUUGAAGGACGCUUACCUCACAAUUCCAAUGGCCGAGGAAUGCCAAAAAUUCCUACAAUUCCAGUGGCAGGAAAUCGUGUGGCGAUUCAAGUGCCUACAGUUCGGCCUCUCGUCGGCACUCUGGUGCUUCACAAAACUCAUGAAACCAGUGGUCGCUCUGGAUCCGCCACUGCCCACAUAUAGGAUGACUUUGGAAAAUCAAAGGUCAAUCACUAAGGACAGGUCAUUUUAUUUUACUAUAAGAUUGUGCGGCAAACUCACUGAUCGUUUUUAGGUUUGAGCCUAAAUAUAAAUUUAGAAUUCAUAGGUUUAAAAUACUGUUCAAAAGAUAUCUACAAGAUUUAUACACUUCUCUUGGAGUGGGGGAUUUCCCUCCACUGUUUCAUUUUUCAAUUAACAAAACAAUCUUUGCAAAUCAAGAAGUACACUAUUUAUUAUACAGGUUCAAAUUUAGAAGUUCCUGUUGUGAGAGACAGGGCACAGGGUUAUUGGCGUAGCUAUGGAAUGCUUCUAAGAACAAGCUUGCAGUUGUAGUGGGCUUAUGUGAUAGAGAUUUAUUGACAUGGACCAAAUAUCAACAAUUUUAAAUAAAUGUGUUGUGUGUCAGCUUAACCGCAAGUCAUCAUGAAUCUCUGAGAGAUAUAAUAAACUCGUCUGACCUCUGACUGUGAUAUAAUCUAUGUUGCUAACCAAUUCUACCUUCCUUUGAUUUGUUCGUUAACUGAUUGAACAUCCUUUGUUAUAUUUCAUGUUUAUAAUUAACUUAUUCUACCAGCUUUUCCACAUUAUUUUGUCACAGUGAUACACGUUAUUAUUAUUUCAUCACGGUGUAAUUUUUGUAAAUAACCGAUUCUGUGUAUACAUCUCUGUGCUGUUUCUGUUAACAUUGUUACAUUAUAUUGACCUCCAUACUGAGAAGUUACCUGCUGUUUGUCACCCUGGAAACCAGCUUGUUUUGCUAUAAACCAAACAAUUUCUUAGUCAAGGUUGGACCUCAAGCAAGGAUGCAUAUCUUCUGGUCUGGAGACAGCCAGAUGAUCAGAAAUGUGUUACUUUUUAAUGGAAUGAGAGAAAGUGGCAAUUUAAUUCACAUAUGUUUUACUUUGCAUCUUCUUCAGAGGCUGGGUUCUUGUAUAAACUGGAAGAAGUCAAUUAUAAUUGCAUUGCAUUGUAACAAUUUACACUGGUUACAUAUUUACAUAGUUACAUAGGCUGAAAAGAGACUUGCGUCCAUCAAGUUCAGCCUUCCUCACAUUUGUUUUUUGCUGUUGAUCCAAAAGAAGGCAAUAAAAACCCAGUUUGAAGCACUUACAAUUUUGCAACAAACUAGGAAAAAAUUUCCAUCUUGACCCCAGAAUGGCAGUCAGAUUAAUCCUUGAAUCAAUAAUUCAGAAAGAGAUCAAGUCAGUAUUAAAGAAACAACACCUUUCAAGAAGAAUCGUGAGGAGGACUGUGGGAUUGCUAGAAGUGUCAAUUUAAGCAAUAUUUUUGGCACCAUUGCAUUAUAGGGCGCUCCACAGAUUGAAGGCUCAACAUUUCAGUAGGUUUUUCCUACACUGACAAAAUGUCAUUGUCAGUGGACACAGGGAAAUAAAAACCUCAUAUCAUAAUUGAAGCACGUUGAUGCAUAGAAUGACACAGCAAUCUUUGACUCCAAUCCAGAUGACAUAAUAGAAUUUCACAUGAGUCUGAAUGGAUGGGGUGCCCAUUGUGGAGACCUCAGAACUGGCAGCAACUAGUUAAAAGAACAAAACAUACCUAUAUGAGUAGUUUGGAAUUAUUAGCAGGACCAAAAGCAAAGUCAGCCUGAUCAAGCUUUGGAUAGAUAAAAUGUCAGAAGAGUCCAGUACAUCUACUAACUACGAGGCACCGUGUUGUAAAUGUGAGCAGAUCUAGCCAGAUUAUUUUAGCAUUUCUGUUUACAUUAAGGUGUAAUGCUGAAGACAAAAUAUCCCGACCUGUUGAAUUCUAUAGGAAUAUAUGGCACAUCGUCAAUCAUAGAGAUUGGAGACUCCACAGUCAAACAUUCCAAUAUCGGAACCAACGUUGGGACUUGUUAGGCACAAAACGGUUAAAGUCAUGUUUAGAUCACCAAUUGCAUUUUUUAUCAGUUGGAUCCCAGAUCUAAAGGCAGUUCUUUAAUCAACUGACUGAUUUUAGGUAUUCAGAUAUUGAGGAUUAAUUUGUAGAACUGACUCAUGAUGUUGUGUCUGAAGAUUGGGCACGCUGUACCAAAUUUAAUUACAGAUCAGCCUGUAAAUAAUUUGGUGUAAAUGGUGCAUAGAGAGAGAUUUGGAUCUCUUACAAACUGCCAUCAAUGUCUAAAGAUUGCUAUUUCGGUAUUCAUGUAUUCAUGGACAACAAUCAAGUAGACCAACACCCAACAUCAGAGUGCAGGUUUAUGAGAGGCUUUCAUCUCAAGAGACCCUCUCAACUCACAUUCUGUGACAUUUAGUUUGGUUUUGGUCCUGAAUCUGUUUCAGUGCUUGGAAGACAUUGAUUCAUUGUUAUUAAAAUCGUUUAACUUUAAACUCACCAUGUUGUGCCUUAUUUUAUUGAAAGUAAUAUUUGAUAUUAAAGCAGUGUACAUUCACAAUAAAUUCUAUUUUCAGAACUAAAACCGGCAUUACAUUUGUUUAUGCCCUAAGGUAAUUUAAAAUCCUAAAUUAUUUGUGGGCCACUGCUUGUAAACUUACAAGGAAAAGACAAUAAAGCUUAGAUGAGAGUUUUGUUUAUCCACUUGCAAUUUCUUUUUGGAAAACCUAUCUCCUAGUGCGUUCAGUUACUUAAGCUAGAAGGGCAGGAAUUUUAUUUCAUUAGUAGGCAUAGAUAUUUCUAGGUGUGGAUAUCACUCUAAGAAGUAUUCAUGUUUUUCUGAUAGAUGUUAAUCAACAUAUUCUUAAAGCUGAAGAUUGUUCUCUGGAGUCACUCUUUACAUGAUUCUAUAAACUCUGUAGAAAUAUCUCUGUAAAUGUUGGUUUUCAUGUUAUCUCUGCACUACUAUUCCGUCAAGUUAGCAUUAAAUAUUAGGCAAGUAAUAAAAUAAAAUAUAGUAAGCACAAACAGUAGUUUAGCUAGGUUUACAAGAGUAGAGUGUCCCCUGGGAGAAAGGGCUUAUGAUCUGAUACCAGUCAUUCAAGUAAGCCCCAUACUGGAUCCUAUGACAUCCUAUGCCCUUCAAGGGCAGAACACAGUAACGCAACUGGGCCAACAGCCCGAGGAAAAGUGGGUCAAUAAGUGUGGGAGUCUCAUAUAAAGAGUGGCAAUCACAGAGCCCCAUGAGCUGCUGUGUCAUCAGCUUCAGCUCAGGAAGACCAGUCGCCAGGUAGGCCCAUGCCUUCCUCGGUAGUGGUGAUAGCAAUGCCAGCCUCAGCCCUGCUUACGUGGACGGUGUUGCAAUGUUCAGGGCGUCCUGAGUCUUGGACCUUGUUAAUCAGGUGCAUUCUCUUGGUAUGCUUACCCUGAAUGAGACCAUACUCAGGAUAGAGGACAGCUUGGCACGAGAGUCUGCCGAGUGUGUGGCGUCUGCCAUGUUAAAGGUUACUAGUCAAUGCGAGUGGUUACCAUAACACUAGCUGUGUGUGCUGGGAUAACUCUCAACAAGAAACCAUGUUUCCCAACUAUCCCAGAGUUCCCAGCUUAACAUGCAAAUGAGCAAACACAGGCAUUGUGUUUCAGACUUCAUACUGCAUUUCUACAGAUACCUUUAGCAAUGGACACUGUUUGAAACAAAACAUUUGCUAAACCAAAGCAUAGGUUGUGAUCCAAAAGAAUCAGUGACCAGAAACCAUGGACUGCAGUUUCAACCUCGUGGGUCUCAUCAGCAUGGCACUGGUUCCUGUCUGGAAGUUGGAGACUCUCUGAGAGCUCGGUACCAAAAAGAAUCUGGUGAGGUCAAACACAAUACAACUCCCCACAGUGCAAACACAAAACAAAUACUGCUAGGCAUUACCUACAUAUCUCAAAUUGCACUUUGAGGAGUUAUUCCUGGGCCGAGAAACUCGAUAGCUCACGUUUCCCUGUUAUCCCAGAGAUCCCAGCUGUGGGGAGUUGUAUCAUGUUUUGCCUCACCACAAUCUCUUUGGUACCGAGCUAUUUUGCGUGCCUAAACGUGAAGAUUUCUUCUUUCUGAUGUGUCGUGCAGUUUUGUUUAUUCACAUUUGGACUAAUUCUCUCUUCUGCUUGGUUAUGAUUUGUGUAUUUUGUUUUUCUUAUAUUGACAUGCUUUAAGUCUUAGGUUAUGAACUUUUUACCUUUAUACAUCCUCAGGAUAUUAUAUUAUAUUUCAUUGUCGCAGCAAGAAAGAGGAUGAGGAUUCAGCACUACGGCCAUUUAUAGCUGGAGUUACAG